AUGCCCUCUCUCUCUUCCCCAACUCUCACUCUCACCAAGCCUAACAAACGCCUCACCGCCAAGCCUCCCUGCGUCGUCCAAUCUCUCCUCAAACUCUGCUCUCAAGGCCACCUCUCGCAAGCCCUCUCGUCCCUCGACCUGUUAGUUCAAAAGGGCAUCCGCUUACCCACCAAGACUCUCGCUUUCCUCAUUCAACAGUGUGGAGCCACUGGGUCUCUCAGAGAAGGCAAAUGGGUUCACAUCCAUUUAAGGCUCACUGGUUUCAAACACCCCCCAACGUUUCUAGCCAACCAUUUGAUUAAUAUGUACUUUAAAUGCGCAGAUGACGUUGAGGCCCGCAGGGUGUUCGAUAAAAUGUCUGUUAGGAAUUUGUAUUCUUGGAACAAUAUGCUUUCUGGGUAUGCUAAAAUGAGGAAUCUGAAGGAGGCGAGGAGUUUGUUUGAUAAAAUGCCGGAGAAGGAUGUGGUGUCGUGGAACACCAUGGUGAUUGGUUAUGCCCAGAGUGGAGUUUGUGAUGAGGCUUUGAGGUAUUAUAGAGAGUUAAGGAGAUUGUCAAUUGGUUACAAUGAUUUUAGUUUUGCGGGUGUUUUGACUGUAUGUGUGAAAUUGAAGGAAUUGGGGCUUACUAGGCAAGUUCAUGGGCAGGUUUUGGUUGCUGGAUUUUUGUCAAAUGUUGUGCUUUCUAGUUCGCUUGUUGAUGCUUAUACCAAGUGCGGGGAGAUGGGAGAUGCUAGGAGAUUGUUCGAUAACAUGCCAGUGAGGGAUGUUCUUGCUUGGACUACACUAGUUUCGGGGUAUGCCAAAUGGUGUGAUAUGGAAUCAGCUAGUGAAUUGUUCAGUCAGAUGCCCGAGAAGAACCCUGUAUCAUGGACAGCUUUGAUUUCCGGCUAUGCUAGAAAUGGUCUGGGGUAUGAAGCCCUUGCAUUGUUUACGGAGAUGAUGUUGUAUCAAGUUAGACCUGAUCAGUUUACCUUUAGUAGUUGCCUUUGUGCUUCUGCUAGUAUAGCUUCACUUAAGCAUGGGGCUGGAAGGAGAGUUUUCAAGCUCAUGGGUGAUAAGCAAGAUACUGUAUUAUGGAACACAUUGAUAUCUGCCUUAGCACAGCAUGGUAACGGUAUAGAGGCAAUGCAGAUGUUUGAGGACAUGAUCAGAUCAGGAGUCAAACCGGAUAGGACAACUGUUGUCGUCAUUCUCAAUGCGUGUAGUCAUUCUGGUCUAGUGCAUGAAGGGCUUAGUUUUUUCAAGUCCAUGACUGGUGAUCAUGGCAUUGUUCCUGAUCAAGAACAUUAUGCAUGCUUGAUUGAUCUCUUGGGUCGAGCUGGAUGUUUUGAUGAAUUAAUCAACCAGCUCAAGAAUAUGCCAUGUAAAGCUGGCGAUCAAGUUUGGAAUGCGUUACUUGGUGUCUGUAGAAUUCAUGGAAACACAGAGCUGGGAAAAAAAGUGGCCGAACACCUUAUUGAAUUGGAGCCUCAUUCUUCUGCUGCUUAUGUACUACUUUCAAGUAUAUAUGCCGAACAUGGUAAAUGGGAGUUGGUAGAGAAGGUGAGACAACUUAUGGAUGAGAGACAUGUGAGGAAAGAGCGAGCCCUUAGUUGGAUAGAAGUAGAAAAUAGACUGAAUGCUUUCACCGUAUCAGAUCGGUUGCAUCCUCUGAAGGAAGAAAUAUACUCGGUUUUGGAACAGUUAGCUGGCCAGAUGGAAGAAGAUGUUUCAGUACCUAAUGCUGUGAGGUAA